UCCAAGCAUCCUAGUGUAUUAAGCAGCCAGUCAUCUAACGGUGGAAAAGAAAACCUUCGAUGCUUCUAUGAAUUUGAGCCGUGAGAUUAAUUCUCGCGAUAUUAACCGUAGGAUGAGGUUAAUGUGACGAUCUUACCGUAAUUACGAAUUGAAUUUCAAAAGCUAGAGAGGGAGAAAGGGAGAGACAAAGGCUCUUUCUUUUCUUUGAAAAGAUCCCCUCUUUUCUCCGUCCGUCUAUACGUACAGAGGAUUUACACGCAUGCGUAUGUAACUGCGGAUCGAGAUUUUGUGGAUUAAGUUUGAAAAUUCCAGUCGAUAUUGGGGCGAUUCUUCUCUUUUCUGUGAAUGACUGAAUGUCACUGUGUGAAUGACAUAGCUUCUUACUCUCGGAUUUUGAAUUUCUAAGAUUUUCAAUUCUAUGAAUUUCGAGGAAUUUCCGUGAGAAUUUCGCAGGAGAAUCAGUGAAUUUUCGAGGAUCUUUUUGUACUAUUUGUUUUUGAAUGGAGAAAAUUGAGGGAGGGGAUUUCCCUCCAAAGAAAGCUCAAUCAGAGCCGGCAGCUACGGCGGCUAGUGCUCACGUGGUAACGGAUUAUCCGGCGAAGAAGCUAGCGAGGCAGCUGGAUUUCGCGGGAUUCGGGGGAGCUGCGGCGGCGGAUUUGCCGGAACAAGCUAAGCAGGUUCAGCAGCAGGUAAUGAAGUCUGGUCAGUUACCAGUGUCGAUGAAGCCAACACAGAUGACAAGGCCACAAUUACAGACGCAGGCACUGCCGCAAUCGCAGCAACAACAUAUACUGUUGAUGCCGAUGCAACAAACUCCGGUGCAGCCUACUCAUCCUUCCAUACGACCUGUGAAACCCGAAUCACCAAAAGCCAGGUCAAGGCAAAGUGCCAAUGAAGCAAAAGAUGGUACACCUAAAAAGCCAAAGCAGUGUAACUGCAAACACUCUCGAUGUUUGAAGUU